AUGCCGCUAGAAAUUGACUCAAUGGACUUGGCUGCUGUUCCAGAGGUAACCAUAUUCCAAGACUUCCAGCAAUUGACCGACAGAUUCAGUGCCGAUAAAUGGGCUGAUCACAUUGAACCACCCAUUCUGAACUCUAGAGACCUCACCAUAGGACUUGAGGCGAGGGACUACAUAUACAAUACUUCGGUCUCUUACCCGCUGAGCAUUGGCCUCGAAGACGAGCUCCUUCUCACCCUAAGGAAUGAGAGGGGCAAGACAUGGAGGGACAUCAGUGUUUCCUUUGAGGAUGUUUUCGGAAAGCGAUACCAUGCUCCCGCUCCGCAGAUGAGGUAUAUUCGGCUCCAAAAGCGCAUGGAUCUGAAUACCGACAAAGAUAUGGCUGCAUUAUUUCAAGCCCAUGCUUAUUGGCUGAACGUGAAAUGGCAAAUCAUUAGUGAAAAGAGCUUGGCCAUGGAGAACAAUGGACUCCUAGCUACUGUUCGUCAAGAAGCUUUCGGCCUUUCCCCUGCUGAUGAUAAGAUCACCCGUCUUACCAAUAAUUUCUCGGAAAUCGACCUGCCGUACGAAGGAUUGGCGAUGUGUUUAUCAAUGGGAAUGGCGAAUAGGUCAAUUUCCACACAUGAUUUAGUCCUUGCGAAGUAA